UCGUAGAGAAAUAGUUUGCAAGUUGAGCAAUGGCGGAGAGGGUGAGGCGGCUGGCGUCGCAGCGCGCGGUGGUCAUCUUCGGGGCGAGCAACUGCUGCAUGUGCCACGCGGUGAAGACGCUCUUCACGGAGAUGGGCGUGAGCUGGACGGUGCACGAGCUGGACAAGGACCCCCGCGGGAAGGACGUUGAGAGGGCGCUCGCCGGCAUGGUUGGCCAGAACCCACCUGUGCCGGCCGUCUUCAUCGGCGGCGCGCUCGUCGGCCCCACCGACAAGGUCAUGUCGCUGCACCUCGGCGGCCAGCUCGUGCCGCUCCUCCGCCAAGCCGGCGCUCUCUGGCUCUGAACUUCUGAAGAAUUAAGGACAGCAGUGGCUAAUGCGUACGUGCGGCUACAUAAUUUUGGAAAGGU